AUGCCUUUAAAAUGGAUCCGACAAUACAAAAACUGUUGGCUGAACUCGAGCGAGAAAGAGCUGAACGUGAGCGAGAAAGAGCUGAACUUGAUCGAGAAAGACAAUGGCGUCAAGACGCGGAAGCUGAGGCGAGAAGCGAAAGAAAGCGACGUGAAGAAGAGCAACAGCGACGUGAAGAAGAGCAACGACGACGUGAAGAAGAGCAACGACGACGUGAAGAAGAGCAACGACGACGUGAAGAAGCAGAAGCUUUGGCUGCGAGCUCGGAGUCAUCACACACUGCCUCUGUUUUUACGUGCCUGCCAUGAAUUGUUAGUCGCGAUCGAGAUCGUGACAGACCCUACUCGAACAACUCAAGGCGCGGUAACGAGACCGACAAAUCGGAGGGUUCCAUCUCGCAUCACGUUGUGGGACACAUUCACUGAGGAGCAAAUGAAGGUGUGGGACAAGCUUGAUCAGCAUCCCGAUUUCUUGACAGGAAAGCUCUUCCCCUCCCUACAUCAGCUCGACUACGUCCGCCAACUUAUCAGCCCAAUUUCCUCAGAAUGGGAUCUUCGGGUGAUCAGCAGUCGUCCGUUGAACCGAUGGUCGGGACUGAAUCAAGUACCGGAAAGAAUGGGCAAGAAGAAUAAAACAAAGAAAAAAGAGACCACAGUGGUCACGGGAGGACAGGCAGAUCGAUUCUGCAUCUAUCGCCAGGAUGGCGAUGAACACAUCCCAGCGCUCGCUAUCGAGUACAAGGCGCCCCACAAACUCACUCGGGAUGAAAUCGUGGGAGGGCUGGCUCAGGACAUUCAUCCUUCCAAAGAAGUAAUUGGUAAGGACUCAGAUGAUCCUGAUUUCUGUUCGAAGCGGUUAGUCGCUGCCGUCAUCACACAGCUGUUCUCCUACAUGGUUGCCAAGGGAGUCCGCUACGGCUAUGUGUGCACCGGAGAAGCCUUUAUCUUUCUACGCAUCCUUGAUGAUCCGUCAUCCGUCAUGUGUUCCGUCUGUACUCCCAGCCGGGAUGAAGUCAACGAUAACAGUCUCCGUUUAACUGCCGUCGCUCAGGUACUAGCAUUUACCUUAAGAGCUCUAGUGUCCCCUCCUGCCCCGCAAGAAUGGUAUGAUGCCGUCGCGGAACUUGGCAUCUGGCCGGUUGAAUACUCGGAUAUCCUGGAGCAAACACCUCCAACCGCUCGGCAGAAGCAUUCCUCACCUCUGUAUCGGGGCCGACACCCUUCCAAUCUUCCUCCUUUUCAGAUGACAUUACGACCUAGAUGCCGGCCACACACAGAUAUUGUACCACGAUCAAGAAGCCCUUCCCCCUCAACGUCUCCGCCUCCAUCUCCGUUGUCGCCAUCCGCACGCCGUGGACGAACUGCAAACGCUCGAGCCCGCUCUAACCCGGAUCAAAAAUCUGGUAAGAAAGGGCAAUCCAGCGAAGACAGCGAUGCCAAUUGGAUAGACCAUCCUGCUGAACCUCCCAAGAUCAAAAGCCAACCUUACUGUUCUCAGCAGUGCUUGCUGGCCCUACGAGACGAUGGUCCGUUCGACACCUCCUGCCCGAACUAUCUAGCUCACCUUAAGCGACGGAUCCAGCUAGCGGAGUUUCGUGCUUUUAUCCGAGAGCAGCUCUCCAGGGACCGUGGCCCGGAUGCCAACUGUCGCCCUCUCUACAAGAAGGGAAGUUGUGGGGCAGCGUUUAAAAUCCAUCUUUUGUCGCAUGGUUACACUCUACUCGCAAAGGGCGUCGAACGCAACAAUUUACGCAAACUCGAACAUGAAAACAAAGUAUACCAUAGGCUUCACGAUAUUCAAGGCAACCACAUUCCGGUUUGCCUCGGGAUUGUUGUGCUUGACCCAAAAUACCCGUAUUACUAUGACGAGGGGGUUUAUACCCAUAUGCUCCUUUUGAGCUGGGCGGGACAGCCCAUCUCGGAAGUUAUGAAAUCGGAUAAUUCGGCAUGCGUGAUUGAGAUGACAUCACAGUCUCUUCAAGCGAUUCACCUUGCAGGUGUACUGCACCGUGAUGUCGCGCCACGAAAUAUUUUAUGGAAUGCCGACUGCAAUCGCCCUAUGCUUGUAGAUUUUGAACGAGCUGAGAUGCGAAAUGCGCUAUCGGCUAUAUCACCGAACCUCGGGCUAAAGAGGAGAAGGCUUGGGAAAAACAGAUCUAUCUUUGCUGAAGAACUUUCAAAAGCCCAGAUCAUCCUGGAGCGCCGUAGGGAAUUCCUCCGUCGGAAUUCCACCUCAAAGUUCAAGGAAUAG